AUGCGCGCCCGCCGGCCCUGCGGCUCCUGGCAGCUGGGCGCGGGGCGAUGGAGCUAAGCAUGAAGAAGUUCACGGUGCGCAGGUUCUUCUCCGUGUACCUGCGCAAGAAGUCGCGCUCCAAGAGCUCCAGUCUGAGUCGCCUCGAGGAAGAAGGCAUCGUAAAGGAGAUUGAUAUUAGCAACCAUGUGAAGGAAGGCUUUGAGAAGGCAGACCCUUCCCAGUUUGAGCUGCUGAAGGUUUUGGGACAAGGAUCCUAUGGGAAGGUAUUCUUGGUGAGGAAGGUCACAGGAUCGGAUGCUGGUCAGCUCUAUGCCAUGAAGGUCCUGAAGAAAGCCACCUUGAAAGUGCGGGACCGGGUCAGAUCUAAGAUGGAGAGAGACAUCCUGGCAGAAGUGAAUCAUCCUUUCAUCGUCAAGCUGCAUUAUGCCUUUCAGACCGAGGGCAAGCUCUACCUGAUUCUGGACUUCCUGCGGGGAGGGGACCUCUUUACCAGGCUUUCCAAAGAGGUCAUGUUCACUGAGGAGGAUGUCAAGUUCUACCUGGCUGAGUUGGCCUUGGCUCUGGACCACCUUCACGGCCUGGGGAUUAUCUACAGGGAUCUGAAGCCAGAGAAUAUCCUCCUGGAUGAAGAGGGACAUAUUAAGAUCACAGAUUUUGGCUUGAGCAAGGAGGCCAUCGACCACGACAAGAGAGCCUAUUCGUUCUGUGGGACUAUUGAAUACAUGGCGCCUGAGGUGGUGAACCGGCGGGGACACACGCAGAGUGCUGACUGGUGGUCCUUUGGUGUGCUCAUGUUCGAGAUGCUCACAGGGUCCCUGCCAUUCCAGGGGAAGGACAGGAAGGAAACAAUGGCCCUCAUCCUCAAAGCCAAGCUGGGCAUGCCACAGUUCCUCAGCAUGGAGGCACAGAGCCUGCUGAGGGCCCUCUUCAAGCGGAACCCCUGCAACCGGCUAGGUGCUGGCAUUGACGGAGUGGAGGAGAUCAAGCGUCAUCCUUUCUUUGUCACCAUUGAUUGGAAUAAGCUGUACCGCAAGGAAAUCAAGCCACCCUUCAAGCCUGCAGUGGGCAGGCCUGAGGACACCUUCCACUUUGACCCCGAGUUUACUGCAAGGACACCCACAGACUCCCCCGGUGUCCCCCCAAGUGCAAAUGCCCAUCACCUGUUCAGAGGAUUCAGCUUCGUGGCCUCCAGCCUGGUCCAGGAGCCCUCCCAGCAAGACAUGCCCAAGGCCUCCAUUCACCCAAUUGUGCAGCAGUUGCAUGGGAACAACAUCCACUUCACUGAUGGCUAUGAGAUCAAGGAGGACAUCGGGGUGGGCUCCUACUCAAUCUGCAAGCGGUGUGUACACAAAGCCACCGAUGCUGAGUACGCUGUGAAGAUCAUCGAUAAGAGCAAAAGGGACCCCUCAGAAGAGAUCGAGAUCCUCCUGCGGUAUGGCCAGCACCCCAACAUCAUCACCCUAAAAGACGUCUAUGACGAUGGCAAGUACGUAUACCUGGUGAUGGAGCUCAUGCGAGGUGGGGAGCUGCUGGACCGUAUCCUCCGUCAACGGUGCUUCUCAGAGCGUGAGGCCAGUGACGUGCUGUACACCAUCGCCAGGACCAUGGACUACCUGCACUCCCAAGGGGUUGUUCAUCGGGACCUGAAACCGAGUAACAUCCUGUACAUGGAUGAGUCUGGAAACCCUGAAUCUAUCCGCAUCUGUGACUUUGGGUUUGCCAAGCAGCUGCGAGCAGAGAAUGGGCUGCUGAUGACGCCCUGCUACACGGCGAACUUUGUGGCCCCCGAGGUCCUGAAGCGGCAAGGCUACGAUGCAGCAUGUGAUGUCUGGAGCUUGGGAAUCCUGCUGUACACCAUGCUGGCUGGGUUCACCCCUUUUGCCAAUGGACCAGAUGACACCCCUGAGGAGAUUCUGGCGAGGAUCGGCAGUGGGAAGUACGCCCUUUCUGGUGGAAACUGGGACUCCAUAUCUGACGCAGCCAAAGAUGUCGUGUCCAAGAUGCUUCACGUGGACCCGCAGCAGCGCCUAACAGCAGUUCAAGUGUUGAAACACCCGUGGAUUGUGAACAGAGAGUACCUAUCCCAAAACCAGCUGAGCAGACAAGACGUCCAUCUAGUAAAGGGUGCCAUGGCAGCCACCUACUUGGCUCUGAACAGGACCCCACAGGCACCAAGGCUGGAGCCCGUGCUGUCAUCUAGCCUGGCCCAGCGCAGGGGGAUGAAGAGACUCACAUCCACCAGGUUGUAGUGGCCGGCCUGCCCUCCAGCC